UUUGUUUUUUAUAUCUCAGUGAGAAAUGAUAAGGAAUAAAUAAAAUUGACUUGGGUGUGGCUUGUUCCUGCUGAAGAGAGCAUAGUUUGUAUUCACCGUUAUGUCAAUGACAACUGAGAUGCAGAGCACUGAAAUGCUGUCUAGAGCACAGCUUUUCCAUCUUUUCGAUCGUUUCAGUUACCUUACUUCCCAACCGGACGUGAAGAAAAGGAUUGCAGAGGCUGUACAGGAUAAGCAGGAAGCUGUUGGUGUAACCACUGCAAUACAGGAAGAGAUAUUUUUGGAGAUGGGUGUUGAUCCAAGAUUUGGUAUUUCGUGCCUGGGGAAAGUCAGUACUGCAUAUGAGAAUGACCGGGAUUUGGUGAUUCAGUUUUAUAAAUUUCUUGUAAAAGAAGAAAUGGCCUGCGAUGAAGCAGAGCUUGGAGAAGAAGAAUUUGCAGAAAAAAUGCUCAAUCAACAAAAGUUACAAGAGCAGCAACUAGAGAUGCUGAAGCACAUGCGCAAGUUUCACAUGGAUGAUCAAUCUGCCAUCCUUGAGAAGUUACACCAGCAGAUGGAAAAUGGCAAUUAUGAAAGCGAGACAUCCAUUUUGUUUGCUGAGCAGAUCGAAGAGAUUGUUGUAAGGAAGGUGUCCCCUUUGUUUUUGCCAAGGUAGACCCAGAAGCAUGCCUUAUUAUGGACCCUUUGUUAAAUUAUGCUGAGGGAUAUGUUUUGGUUCAAGUUUAGCUAUCGUGUGACGGCUAUUAUGUAGUGUACUUCAUUCAGCUGACACUUAACUACAUUACUGAAUUUUUUGUAGUUAUUUUCAUCUUUUAUAAGAUCAGAAUUAAAAAUGUAGUGCCAAGUUUGUAAUUAUCAUGAUUUUUAUUCUAAAU